AUGCUUCGAGUACAGCAGCUCGAGCCAGUAGGCUCACCAACCCCGCGUGUCACCAACACACCAAGACAAACCACUCACGACAACCCUAUGGGCUACAAUCAAGAAACCCGACAAAGGAUCAAGGACUCUGAAGCACGGAUUCAGUACGAAACAAAUCGAAUCAAGGAAUUCGAGACCAAGGAGGAAUCCGACGAAGAACCUGAACACCAAUACGACCCCCUGGAAGAACAACAGCUACUUCGCCUAACCAGCGGCUGGAACUUCGGCGAACCUGAAUCCAGCUUCGAUUCGGAUGGGAUCCCCUACGACUCCAACUCUCCCGCCGACGUCGCUAACUGGAACGCAUGA